AUGACUACGACUGCACUGCGCGCAGUCACGCAUCGUCUGACCACGACUCCUGUCGAACAAUUACCCCCAAUCGCCUCGUUCCUGGCGACUUCGUUGAGCGACUGUGCCGAGCUUCUUUCUGCGCCGCAGACUCAGAAACCGGGCAAAUCCGACUCGGACCAUGCCGUGCAAGUUCAUAAGCUGAAGACUCGACUGGCGAGCUUGCUGCAGGAUCGCAGCGUCGAAGCCAGAUGGACUGCGGUGGUGCUGGUCAAGGCCGCGGUGGAGGCGGGCCAAUGGGAAAUUCUCCGGGGAUACGAACCGAUCGUUCGCAAUUUGAUUGGAAUACUGGCGAAACCGGACCCCAUCUCGACGAGGAAGAUGUGCAUCAUCACCUUGACUCGCAUUUUCCACCUCACUUACCAGUACCCAACUCUUGUACGAGAGAUCACCACCCCACACCUACCGGGAUUCAUCACUGCCGCUUUGAAUUUGGUUUCUGUCUUGACGAAAGGACCGUCCGGAUCGAGCAGAAAAUCGAAGCCAAACAGCCCAUUUAUGGAGACGGUCCUGCACGCUCUGCUGGAAUUGAUUAGCAGACACCCAACAAUCUUCCGCCCCUUUAUCCCUCAACUGCGAUCAUUACUGGUGGAGAUUAUUGGAUCCUCGCCGCCGGCCUAUUUCCCAGAGGAUGUGGUCGAUGCGGCAGAGCACCUUUUCGCGUCUCUGCACAAAUGCGCCCCGAAGGAUAAAUCGGACGCGGGCUGGAAUGAGGAUUGCAAGUUGACUCUUAGAUCUAUUCAUCGGACUGCUGAUCACCUCUUCCGGGCAGUGGUUGAGCAAUGGGAGUCCGUUGACACGACGUUGAUUGCAACUCGGCUGAACUACAGCCAGGACAUUGGUGACCCGGAACCAGACUUGUUGGGGCUUCCAGGAUGGAGGGGAAUGCACGCAGGCGCUGACAGAUUAAUUACGCUCCUGGGACUUCUGUCAGACUUCAUCUCGAUGCCCUCCACAUCUGCCAUUCCUAUUCCACUGGGAUCCAUCCUCGAUUUGACCUCGCGGCUUACCUCUGUGACUGUGCCACCAGAGACCUCAGAUCCCGCGCAGAGCAGCAUCCAAAUCAACCCACAGAUUAGCCGUGAUGAGCGGGAAAUGCUGUGGGUUGAGCUUCCUCGCAUUCAUACUACAUGUAUGGAUCUGAUGCGCAAUGUGAUCAAUCUGCUAGAAAGCAGCACCACUCCCGUGAUGCAGGCCAUUUUGGAUCAGGCAACAUGGGUCUUUCGCAACGAAAAGUUUAGCCGGGAUAUUCGCUCUGCUAUAUACGACGUACUGCACUCCUUGGUCUCUGUGAAUGGCCCAGCAAUGACGAAGCAGAACGUGAAUUCUCUCGCAAAUGUCCUUCGCGCUUGCUGUCUUGACGUCUCGUGUUCGACUGAAGAAUCCUCCCCGCCUCAAAACGCACAGUCUGAUUCAAAGUCAAAGUCGAAGACGGGCCAAGUUACAGCAAACGCGGACUCAUUUUUGAAUCCCGAACUACAAAAAGCCCGCGCUGCGCAAUUGUCUUCACGAUUCCCUGAACUCCGACAAGCAGCAUCUAGACUCUUGCAGACCGUGCUUGUCUCUGUACCCGCUGAACUCCUUACUCCCUCGCUGCGGGCCGAGAUCGACCGCACGAUCAUUUUAACUGCGGACAAGAACGCCAUGCUUGCUAGCGUUCUCAACCCCGUCCCGGUCGUCAAGGGCCGCGGCGCAGGAACAAGUAUCAUGCCGUUCCUGGUUCGGGGCUACGCCGAUCGGAUGGAGGUGGAGGCCUUGGUUCGGCCGAGAAUGCCGGUGUUGAUGACUGCACCUGAGCUCGACGCCCAGGCUGAUGCUGAAGAUGAGGAUGAGGAUGAGGACAUGCCGGAGGAGAUGUACGAUGCCGCCCCUAAAACUGCCGACUUCCUUCGACAGCCUGCGCCUGUACUUCCCCCCGGCCCGGCAUUGGAGUCCUCCACCGUGGCAGAUGCCUCGAAAUCGUUGCACAAGCGGGCAUACGCUGAAGAAGCCACCAUCCAGACCGCCAGCUCCUCUAAGCCAUCGGAGAAGACCGAUGUGCAACCCAAGAAAGCAAGGUUCGGAGAAAGUCUUCCAAAAGGAGGGAAAACACCUGUGACUGAAGUGCCUGUCACUUCGGUCUCACAGGCAGUGCCUGCUCCCACGCCCGUGACCACUGGCACCCGAUUUGAUAUGCCGAUUGCGCAAUCACAACCUCCAUCCACUCUCCAAACGUCUGCAUCUGCUUCAGCGGCAUCACUACCUGUCGAUGACAGUGACGAAGAGCUGCCCACAUUGAAUAUCGAGCCCGACACUGACUCGGAGGACGAAGAUGACGAUGUCCCCAUGUUGGGGUGA